CGCAAAUCCUGGACGUCGGGUGAACGGCGCGACAAAACAGAAAGUUUUUUUGAAAACUUAUCAGUCUGAUUGUUUUUUACUUCUUAAGCCUGACCUUAAGGGCUGUUUAACAUUUCCAAAGUACUUGGGCCUGUAGACGAUAUAGGCAAAAAGCAAAGGAUUUGAGGAUGUCUCUACCCAAGAGGGAGGUGGAGGAGUUGAGGCCAUGGGUGGAGCGCACUGUGAAGAAGGUGCUGGGUUUCUCGGAGCCCACAGUGGUCACUGCAGCGUUGCACUGUGUGGGAAAAGGACUCGACAAAAGGAAAACUAUAGAUCAGCUGCGUCCCUUCCUUGAUGACUCUGCUGGAGGUUUUGUGGAGCGUCUUUUUGAAGCUUUAGAGGAAAGUCGCAGUGCCCGUGGCAAUAAAGGUGCAGGGGAAAAGAACCGUAAGAGAGACCUGAAGGAUGUGUUUGGUGAUGAGCCUGAAGCAGGUGCAAUGCGAGUAACUCCAGAGACAGUAGACGGGACAGCAGUAAAGCGGAAACGCGUCCCUCGCUUUGAGGAGGUGGAGGAGCCUGAGGUGAUACCGGGACCUCCAUCAGAAAGUCCUGGCAUGCUCACAAAAAUACAGAUCAAACAGAUGAUGGAAGCAGCUACAAAACAGAUAGAGGAAAGGAAGAAGCAGCUGAGUUUUGCCUCUUCAACCCCUGCAAUAUCACAGUUGGAAUCAUCUCCAUUCUCCCGGCUUCUUGGCAAUGCUGGUGCAGGUGGUGGCUCAUCUGUCGCCCCCUCUCAAGCCGCUAGCUUCAUGAAUGAUGCUAUUGAAAAGGCUCGCAAGGCUGCCGAGCUACAAGCACGCAUUCAGUCUCAGUUAGCCAUGAAACCUGGUAUUCUCGGCGCUUUGGGGAACACUGGGCCUCAAAACCUGAUGGCGCUAGCAAACCUACAUGCCAUGGGAAUUGCUCCACCCAAAGUAGAAAUAAAAGAAGUGAACAAGCCGACACCUCUCAUUCUGGAUGAGAAGGGACGAACUGUGGAUGCAAGUGGAAAAGAGGUCGAACUCACACACCGCAUGCCCACACUGAAAGCAAAUAUUCGAGCAGUAAAGAGGGAGCAGUUUCGACAACAGCUGAAGGAGAAGCCUGGGGAGGAAUUGGAGUCCACAUCUUACUUUGACCAGCGUGUGUUUAUUACGCCAGCUCAGCGUCCUCGCAAGGGCUUUAAGUUUCAUGAACAGGGACGCUUUGAGAAGAUAGCUCAAAGAAUCAGAACUAAGGCCCAGCUAGAAAGGUUGCAAAAUGAGAUUGCCCAGGCAGCAAAAAAGACUGGCAUCCAUGCAUCCACGAAGCUGGCACUGAUUGCCCCUAGGAAAGAGAUUGGUGAAGGGGAGGUGCCCCACAUUGAGUGGUGGGACUCUUUCAUUCUGCCGUUCAACAUAGAAAUAUCCCCAGAAACACCAUUUGAACAACUGGAGCUUUUUGGUGUGACCAACUUGGUAGAACAUCCUGCUCAAAUACGACCUCCAUGUAAGUUGGACAGAGACAAGCAGGUAACACUGGGUGUAUACCUGACAAAGAGGGAACAGAAGAAACUGAGGAGACAGACACGAAGAGAGGGACAGAAAGAAGUGCAAGAGAAGGUCCGUCUGGGACUGAUGCCUCCACCUGAACCCAAAGUACGCAUCUCCAACCUAAUGCGAGUACUGGGGACAGAGGCAGUUCAGGACCCUACGAAGGUAGAAGCCCAUGUCAGAGCUCAGAUGGCCAAAAGACAGAAAGCUCAUGAGGAGGCCAAUGCAGCUCGCAAACUCACUGUAGAGCAAAGGAAAGAGAAGAAGGUCAAGAAGUUAAAAGAAGAUAUCACUGAUGGUGUUCACAUUGCUGUGUACAGGAUCCGUUACCUGCAAAAUCCUGCUAAGAAGUUUAAAGUGGAGGCCAAUGCCAACCAGCUGUACCUGACAGGCACAGUCGUUCUUCACAGAGAUGUCAACCUUGUUGUAGUGGAAGGAGGCCCCAAGUCCCAGAAAAAGUUUAAAAGGCUCAUGAUGCACAGAAUCAAAUGGGUGGAACACAACAGCAAAAGAGAUGAUCCAGAUGGUGAUGAUGAUACAAGGAGGAACAACAAGUGUUGGUUGAUUUGGGAGGGAACGGCUAAGGAGCGCAGCUACGGGGACAUGAAGUUCAAGCAGUGCCCCACAGAGAACAUGGCCAGAGAACACUUCAGGAAACAUGGCACAGAACACUAUUGGGACCUAGCGCUCAGUCAUAGUGUGUUGGAGACUGCAGAUGACUGAAAGCUGCCUAGAGAGCGUGUUGUUUCUGUCAGUGUCAGCCCCUGCUACAAACCUCCAGACCACAGCCAGCCCUCACUGCUCUCAGGCUGCCUUCAGCUGGGGACAAACACUCAAUCCAGAGACUUAGAGGAGUAACAAUAAAGCUGUGGGGACGUUAUGAGUGUGUGUCUAGGACUGUUGGUUUGUCUGCCUGCAUCACUGUACAUCUCUUAGGUUGUAGGCGCUUCUGUCAGAUACUGUUCCCUGUUUUUGAAUACAGUGUGACAAACUGCACUGUGAUGUAAAUCUUGUACCCAAGGCUUUAGUGAGGAUGGCAAACUGUCUGAUUAUGUUAUGACUAGAGUUUUGUGCUGAAAUACCCAUGGACACUGAUAAGAGUUUUAAUAAAAGCAUCUUUAUUGGCUGCACUGCUAUUGUGCUAACACGUUUAGCUAAAACCUGACCCGUUUGGCUGAAACGCCAAUAUCGCUAUGAGACUGUAGUCAUUACACGUGCAUUUCACGGAAUUUAUGAUGCCCAAAUAAUUUUUUUUCUGUUUGGGGGAAAUGACAAAACAUUUGGCUCUACUGUAGUUUAGUUCUCUGUAAAGUUCAAGUCACCGACUCAAAUAAACACAAUUUACCGGA